CACGACGAGAUUUUGGCGGCCAUUGCGAUGUUGAUCCCCCUCUCUGCUACUUCAGGGCCUUGAUCCAGUGCGUGUCCCGUGCGAGGGUUUCCGAACAAUAGGUAUCUAUCGAAGCCAUGGCUGACGUGACAGCCAGCGCCGAGACCGACCCGACGCGAGAUGUUCCUCUGCGGACACCGCCGGCAGGCCGACCAGCGGGGGAGGAGGCGGAGGCUCCGAACGAAGGCGCCCUCGUCGUCCACCCCGAGGCCUCGCCGCCUGGCUGGUUGCGGCGCUGGCGACACGCCUUGGUCGCGGUCGGGUUCGCUGUUCUGAUCGCCCCUUUCGCGUCGCUGGGAAGCUGGUUCCAGCCGGCGGAGGCACCCAUCGAACCUACCGACUACGCUCUACGCACGAAGCGCGUCCUAGCAACUACGCCGCUCAUAGACGGCCACAACGACUUCCCGUGGCUGCUCCGCGUCGAGCUGCACAACCGCAUCUACGACGGCAGAUAUGACCCGGGUCAGCGCCUGCUCGGCCACACGGACAUCGGCCGCAUGAGGAAAGGCAUGAUGGGCGGCCAGUUCUGGAGCGUACAUGUCAAGUGCGACGCGGCCCAGAAGCACUUCGAGGAUCCGUCUUGGAUCGUGCGCGAUACGCUGGAGCAGAUCGACGUGGCGAAGCGAUUUAUCGCCGAGUCGCCGGACGUCUUCGCGUACUGCGGGACGGCGGCGUGCGCGCGCGCCGCCUUCCGGAGCGGCCGCAUCGCCAGCAUGCUAGGCAUCGAGGGCGGGCACCAGCUGGGCGGCUCGCUAGCCGCCGUGCGCCAGGCGUACGAGCUAGGCGUGCGCUACAUCACGACGACGCAUAACUGCGACAACGCCUGGGCUACGUCGGCCUCGACCGUAGCGCGCGGCUACCCCGACCGCGGCCUUACGCCGCUAGGCGCCGCCUACGUCCGCGAGAUGAACCGCCUCGGCAUGAUGAUCGACCUCUCGCACGUCUCGCACCAGACCAUGCGGGACGUCCUGUCGGUUACCCGCGCCCCCGUAAUCUUCUCCCACUCCGGCGCCUACGCCGUAACCGCGCAUCUGCGGAACGUGCCGGACGACGUGCUCCGGGGCCUCCGCCAGAACGGCGGCAUCGUGAUGGCCGUGUUCGUAAACCGCUUCUUAAAUAUGCAGGACCCGAGCGCCGCGACCAUUCACGAUGUCGUCGAUCACAUCUGGCACUUGGCUUCGGUAGUCGGCUGGGACCAUGUGGGCCUCGGGUCCGACUUCAGCGGAACCCCGUUCACGCCGAGCGGCCUCGAGGACGUGUCGAAGUAUCCCGACUUAAUCGAGCUUCUGAUGGCCAGGGGGGCUACGGACGACCAGAUCAGGCUCUUGGCAGGCGACAACCUACUCCGGGUGUGGGAGUCUAUCCAGGGCCGGGCCCGCGAGAUCCAGGCCGAGGGUGGCAAGCCCGUCGAGGAGGAGUGGGAGGGGCGGCAGUGGCACAAGGGCUACAAGAACUCGCCCUACAUGUAUCGGGAGACCCGCAAGAGGGCGGCUAGGGAGGACUGGGGCCAGCCCGACCAGUUCAACGUCGACAAGUCCGGGAAGCACAGGGCCGCAGUCAAGGCCGAGAAGGACGUGUGAGGCUAUUCGCGGGCAGAGACUCUCUCGCGUGUCUAGCUACCCGAC